CACAAUAUGAGUUGAGUAACAUGAGAGACGUGCUCCAUUUUGAGUUUAAAGUGAUUAAAAGAACGACGUUGAAAUGGGUAUGACGGCUAGAGAAAUAGGAGCAAUCCUUGCAGGGUGCUCUUUAAUGAUUCUAGUAGCAUCGAUUGACAAUUGGUUUACAUUCGGUGUAAAAAGAUUGAUGAAAGUGACCUUUGUGGAAGAGUAUAAUAUGCGUAUAAUAGCCACGUGCAUGCCAAUCGGUACUUUAGUUGGUACUGUCAUAUUCGGCCUGUCUUGUGAACUAACAGGAAGGAAAAUAACACUAUUGGCUACAACUGUAACGUACGUUACAAGUAUCGUAAUUUUCCACUUGGCUAAGUCUGUUGCAGUAGUGUCUAUUGGACAAGUCAUUGCCGGUUUGUCCGUAGGAGGAGUUUUAGUGGCUUUGCCCAUUUACAUCGGGGAAACGUCGGAGGAAUCGUGCAGAGGAUUGCUCAUCACGUUGAUGGGCAUUUUUUAUUACAUCGGAUCGAUAGUUUUUCGCAUGAUUGGGGCUUACGCUGCGUACACAGCAUAUACAGCCGCUUCGAUAACGUUCGCCGUAUGUUUCGCCGUUCUGUUCCUCUUCGUCGCUCGAGAAUCUCCGUUUUAUUACACGAAACGGCACAAAACUCAUUUGGACGAAUCGGAGGAAGUCGACAAAUUGACACAAAUUGAGCUGAAAUAUGUACAAGAAUCUAAAACACCGAAUUACCUACCAACCGGCUGGAUAAAAUCCAUAUUGAUUAUGCUUCUCCUGACGGUCCUCUAUAAUCUAUCUGGAGUUUAUUUGGUGCAUUACCUCGUGUUUUAUAUCUACGAGUAUUUUAAAAACGAGGAUGUGGAUCUGCAAAUCGACACCAUCCUAAUUAUAUCAUUUUUACUUCAACUAUUGGGAUGUAUUAUCUGCGCCCUCCUCAUCGAUAGACUCGGAAGGAAAUUCUGUCUGAUGGCAUCCAUGAUAGGUCUAGCUUUAUUUUUAGCACCAGUCGCGAUAUUUUCGGCAGUUACCGAGCAUUACAACUACGUGGUGCCGAUACCGGCUCUCAACAUCACCUUCGUGAUCGCUCAUCUGGUACUGCUCAACGUCGGCUUGGCGCCCGUGCAGCAUAUUUUCCUCGGCGAAUUGUUCUCGUUGAAGGUUAAAACCGCCGCUGUAGCCGUGUUCGUCAGCAUGCAGCGCGUCAGCGGUUUCUUCAUGCAGUUUUAUCUGUACCCUGAAUUUGUACAAGCGCUGGGAUCAUCAACGGUCAGCUUGUUCCUGUUCAUGGGGUCCAUGAUCGUCGGGUCUGUAGCCGUGUAUUUUGUUUUGAUUGAAACCAAGCAGAAGAGUUUAGAAGAAAUACAAGUAGCUUUAAGGAAAUAGUAGUUGUAUGAAUACUAGUUGAGUAGUAGUAGUAGUAAUGAUGUAGUAAUAUAUGUGUGUUAAAUUUCAUUCUGUUUUAUAAAUGGUGAUAAAUAGUUGAGUAAAU